AUGUGCAAUGGUUCCAUACGAAAAGGAUCCGCGGAUUUCCCCGUCCCGGACUACCGUAGUCACAUGCAGGAUCCGCAGGGCCGGAGAAGACUUUCUUUAUUGUCUGAGUUCCACCCUGGGACUGAAAGGCCUCCAGAGAGACGCCAUGGUUACGAACAGCAGUUUCACUCCGUCACACAGCAGCCUGAGCAUGAGGCCUUGGAGACCAAACGUCCUCGCAUGGAGGCCCUCACUGAGGCCCAUAUCACCCGCACCCCUCCCUCUGUGGGGGGUAUAUCCAUGCCCAUGCCCCACACAGUACAAGAUAGUUUAAGAGCCACGGUGGAGGUAAAAAAGGAAUCUCAGUUCAGUGUCAAAGUGGAGUCGCCGUCCCCCGGAGGACCCACGCUGCACAUCGGGGAAGAGCAGGACACGUCUCCCUCCAAACUGUCCAAGGAGGAGCUCAUUCAGAGCAUGGACCGCGUGGACAGAGAGAUUGCAAAAGUGGAGCAGCAAAUUUUAAAGCUGAAGAAGAAACAGCAACAACUUGAGGAGGAAGCAGCGAAGCCUGUGGAGCCCGAAAAGCCCGCCACCCCUCCUCCGGUGGAGCACAAGCACCGCAGCAUCGUCCAGAUAAUCUACGAUGAAAACAGAAAAAAGGCAGAGGAGGCCCAUAAAAUACUGGAAGGCCUUGGUCCCAAAGUUGAGCUGCCGCUUUACAACCAGCCGUCAGACACGAAGGUGUACCACGACAACAUCAAGACAAACCAAGUCAUGAGGAAGAAGCUGAUCCUGUUUUUUAAGAGGAGGAACCAUGCACGAAAACAAAGGGAACAGAAGAUCUGCCAGCGCUACGACCAGCUGAUGGAGGCGUGGGAGAAGAAGGUGGAGCGCAUGGAGAACAACCCCAGACGCAAAGCCAAGGAGAGCCGAACACGGGAGUACUACGAAAGGCAAUUCCCAGAGAUCAGGAAACAGAGAGAGCAGCAGGAGCGCUUCCAGAGAGUUGGACAAAGAGGAACCGGCCUUUCUGCAACGAUUGCAAGAAGCGAACACGAGAUUUCUGAAAUCAUAGAUGGCCUCUCUGAGCAGGAGAACAACGAAAAGCAGAUGAGACAACUGUCAGUCAUCCCUCCCAUGAUGUACGACUCGGAGCAGAGGCGAGUGAAGUUCAUCAACAUGAAUGGCCUGAUGGACGACCCCAUGAAGGUGUACAAAGCCAGGCAGUUCAUGAACGUUUGGACCGAGCAUGAAAGGGAGAUCUUUAAGGAGAAGUUUAUCCAACAUCCCAAGAACUUUGGACUGAUUGCUUCGUAUCUAGAGAGGAAGAGUGUUUCCGACUGCGUCCUCUUCUACUACUUGACCAAAAAGAACCAAAACUACAAGACAUUGGUGAGGCGAAAUUAUGGAAGAAGGAGAGGGAGGAACCAGCAAAUAACACGUCCUUCACAAGAAGAAAAGUCAGAAGACAAGAACGAAGAGGACAAAUCUGAGAAGUCAGAGAAAAAAGAGGACGAAGAAAAGAAGGACGAGGAAGAGAAAGAUGAAAAGGAGGAUUCCAGGGACAUUGGCAAGGACAAAGACAAGUGUGACGGUGGGGAGGACGAGGACGGAAAGGAGCAAAACACGCCGCGUGGCAGGAAGACUGCCAACAGCCAGGGCCGCCGCAAGGGAAGGAUCACCACACGCUCCAUGGCCAAUGAGGCUGCAUCUGUUGCAGCCGAGGAAGCGCCUCCCCCUGCCCCUGAGCCAGCACUGCCAGAUCCUCCACAGCUCCCAAAAUCUGAGCCAGCACAAAAGGCCAUGAAAGAGCCUGCGAAACCCCUGACUCCGGUAGCCUCAGCAGAUAGUAAUAAAGCUGGUGCGGGUGAAACUGGAGAAACUUCUCGCUGGACCGAGGAGGAGAUGGAGGUCGCCAAAAAAGGGCUCGUUGAGCACGGUCGAAACUGGACAGCCAUUGCCAAAAUGGUGGGCACCAAAAGCGAGGCACAGUGCAAGAACUUCUAUUUUAAUUACAAGAGACGUCACAACCUGGACAACCUGCUCCAGCGGCAUAAGCAGGACACCCGGAGGGCUCGCGCUGAUAGGUCUCAAGGGGAAGGCCAAGCCACGGCAUCACCUGACGAUGACGAGGACAACGCAGAUGACAGUGAAGGUGGUGACAACAGCUCUGACACAGAGAGUGCCCCCUCCCCCUCCCAGGCUGACUCCUCCAAAGCUGGGGAGUCUAAGAGGGCAGACAGCACUACGGGAGAUUCUCAGUGCCCAGAUCAGGAGAAAGGUCAGGCUGGCAACGGAAAGGCCGCAGAACCCCCAUAUGGGGAACUUCGUGUCAAGGAGGAGAAAAGUCCAGAGAGUGAGACCGGAUCCCAGGAGGAAAAAGUCAGGGUGGCUCCUUUCCCGGGCCCAGUGUAUCCCAAAACCGAGCCUCAAGACAUGGACAUGAAAACUGGAGAGGUUCAGGUCAAAUUGGAGCCUGAGGUGAAGGAAAAAGGAGAAAAGGGCGAUCAUGGCGAGAGGCAGAGGGACCUUCAUUCGGAUAAUGACUCAAGCGCCACCUGCAGCGCUGACGAGGACGUGGAGGCAGAGCCUGACCGACAGAGAUUAUACACCAUGGACAAGCCGUCACUGCUAAACCCUCCAGGCUCGGUGCUCGUGUCCUCACCCAAACAAGCCCAGCUCAACAUCCAGCAGCUGCAGCAGCGAGCAGCCGCCAUCCCUCCCAUGGUGCCUGGUCCUUACGGCCCUGGAGGAGUGCCCAUCAGUGGUUUAACCAUGUUCCAACACCAGAUCAAAGCAGUGCAUGACUCGGCACACCAGGAGGAGAAGCAGAGGCAGGAUCAGGCAGACCUGGACCGCAGACCCCACUUCAACACUCGGAGCCCAAACAUACUGGACAGAGAUGUCCUCCACCCUUCCCCCAACCAGCUGGUCCAGACUAUGAAUGAUGGAGUCCGCGUGACGUUCAGCAGGCCCAGUAGGCCCCCCAACAUUCCCUCUCCUCCUCCACUCAUUCCAACCACCAAGCCCACAGACAAGCCCUCCUUCAUCCAGGGCGGCUCCAUCUCCCAGGGAACUCCUGGAACAUAUUUGCCUUCCCAUGCUGUGUAUGGGCCAGAAGGGACUAAAAGCUCGGUGGGUUCCAUCUCUCUGGGUUUGCCUCGGCACCUGGAUCCUAACAAGCCUGGGGCUGCUGUGUCGUCCAUCCAGGAUGGCAGAGGCAACCCAGCGAAGGUCAGCGAUAGCAUGGCUUUCAGAGGGUCCAUCACUCAGGGCACUCCAGCCCUUCCCCAGUCUUGCGUUCCUGCUGAGUUCUUGAAGGGUCCGAUCUCAAACCUGGUCUUGGGGGACAUGAGCAUCCCAGACAAGGCCAGGGGGGAGCAGCUGGCGAAAGGUCACGUCAUCUAUGAGGGCAAAAGCGGACACAUCCUCUCCUACGAUGCUAUAAAGAACCCCAGGGAAAACACUCAAAGCCCUCGCACAGUCAGUGAGCUGAAACGUUCACAUGAUAUGAUGGAGGGACCCAUGGGCAGGGGACACCCUGGCAGGGAGGAAGCUCCAUUUGAGGGGUUAAUUAGUAGAGCAAUGCCCAGAGAUACUCACCAUGGAGACCCUAAAGAGAGACCAUUAAUCACUGGAUCCAUUAUGCAAGGAACACCGAGAACGGCUGCCGACACUUUAGAGGAUACCAUUAAAUAUGGGAAACGGAUUAAAAGAGAUAGCCCACCCAUCCGAUCCUUCGACGGGGCUAUUGGCAAGGGCAAGCCCUAUGAAGGAGUUAAUACUAUCAAAGAGAUGGGACGUUCCAUUCACGAAAUCCCACGACAGGACCAGUCUGGUCAGGACAUGCGCAAAACUCCUGACCUGCAAGACAGGAGGGUAAUGGAGGGCUCCAUGUCUCAGAUCCACCCCAUGAAUCAGCCUACUAUCAAACACAACGUGAAGUCCCUCAUCACUAGUCCCAGCAAGCUUCCCCACAGUAUGCCCCAACUGGAGGCAAUGGAGCGAGCUAAAUACGAGGAGAACAAGCCGGUACGCCACACGUCUGUGGUGAACUCCACCACCUCUGUCCUGCGCUCCACCCACCAGGAGGCAGGAAAAUCCCAGCACAGUCCGGGCAUGUAUGAUGACACCAAUGCUCGCAGGACCCCAGUGAACUACAGCACCAAUCCCGUCUCCAGAGGAUCACCCAUGCUUGGGCGUUCUUCAGAAGGUAUUAUGACCUCAGCAAAAUCGGGUGCCCACGAGAGAAAGAGCACCAUGACACCGACACAGAGGGACAGUGUCCCAGCCAAGUCCCCCGUGUCAGGGGGGGAUCCUGUAUCCUCCCACAGCCCCUUUGACCGACACCACGGGCCCGUUGGUCCUGGAGAAGUGUACCGGGCCCAUUUGCCUCAGUUUGACUCUCCCCUGACCUUCCCCAGAGUGCUGGAUCCUGCAUUCAUGUUCCCCAGGCAGCCCUCCCCAACUGGCUACCAUAACACCUACCAAUUGUACACCAUGGAGAACACGCGGCAGACCAUUCUCAAUGAUUAUAUCACUUCCCAGCAGAUGCAAGUCAUCCCGCGGCCUGACAUGGCCAGAGGACUGUCGCCACGGGAACAGCCUGUUGCUCUCCCGUACGCAGCCAGCGCCCGAGGUCAUCCAAGCCAUCUUGCUGCCAAUGUGGAGAGAGAACGGGAGAGGGAACAGCAGGAAAAGGAGAGGGAGAAGGAAAGGGAGCAGCGGGAAAGGGAGCGGGAGAUGCGAGAGAGAGAACGAGAGCGGGAGCGGGAGCGAACCAAUGAAUACAUGCGUGGAGGUGGACCAGAGCAGCCCGUUCGGCCCGGGAGUCGAGGUUAUCUGCAUUCUCCUUCCCCCUCACUCAGAACACAGGAUGUUGUCGUCCAGCAGCGGCCGAGCAUCUUCCAGGGAAAGAGUGUCAUCACCUCUUUAAUGCCUCAUCAGCCAGCAGUGACGUCAGCUCCUCAGAGCAGCUCGCGCUACAGCACCGCAGCUGAUGUCCUGGACGCUUUGGUGGACGCUGCAGCCUCUGCUCCGCAGAUGGACGUUUCCAAGGCAAAGGAGAGCAAACACGAACGGGACGAUGAGAUGAGCUCAUCAGCUGCCACGCGGAGAGCUCCCAGCCUCUCUGAGCAGCAGCAGCAGGAGACAGAAAGGCGAUCCCUGCACUCACCGUACAGCGCCAUGUCCCUGCCUGGAGGAAAGCCUCACCCAGCUUACUCUGAAGGCCCCGGGGUGGGGCCUAAAGAUAAGGGACCUCAGACAAAGUCUCGCAUCGAGGAGGAGCUUCGGACUCAUGGAAAGACGACCAUCACAGCAGCUAGCUUCAUCGAUGUCAUCAUCACACGUCAAAUAGCUUCAGACAAAGACUCUCGUGAGCGAGGCUCCCAGAGCUCUGACUCCUCAAGCAGCUUGUCGUCUAGUCGGUAUGACAACACAGCCGGCGGAGCCAUCGAGGUGAUAAGUCCUGCUAGUUCUCCAGUCCAGUCCCAGCAGGACAAAGCAGACGAUGGCCAACAAGCAGCAGUUAGUAUGCGGCCUUAUGAGAUGAGUCGUUACCGGCCAUCAGGGGAGCCACCACAGCCCCCUUCUUCCCAGGCAGACAACUACUCGCAGGUCCCCAAAACUCACAGAGUCAUGACGUUGGCGGACCACAUUUCGCACAUAAUCACCCAAGACUUCGCCAGGAAUCAGGACCCUCCCGUUUCCUCUUCAGCCUCUGCCACAUUCCAGAGCUCCGUGCCGCCGGUGUCCGCUUCAGGCCGGGUCAAGGUGCCCAGCCGCUACAGUCCCGAGAACCAGCUCUCACACCACCAGAGACCCUCCAGCAGGGUGUCCCCUGAGAACGCCCCUGAGAAACCUCGAGCCAGGCCCGGUAAGUCUCCCGAUCGAGGGGGCAGGCCCAUGGAGAACUACGAGCCCAUCUCUCCUCCACAGGGUUACCAAAGCAUGGACAAACAAGAUGUUGGCGGGCCUUCAGCCCAGAGACGAGAGCCUGACAACUCAGAGAUCAGGAGUGACUCACGGUCCCCGGGGAACGUCAGCUACCUGCCUUCCUUCUUCACCAAGUUGGAGAGUACCUCGCCAAUGGUUAGAUCCAAGAAGCAGGAAAUCUUUCGUAAGUUGAACUCCACUUCUGGUGUCGGUGAUUCUGAUGUUGGAAAUGCACAGCCGGGCACAGAGAUUUUCAACUUGCCCGCCGUGACGAGCUCCAGUAGCAUCAACCCAAGAAGUCAAUCCUUCAGUGAUCCAGCCAGUAACCUGGGCUUAGAGGACAUAAUCCGCAAAGCCUUGAUGGGUAACUUGGAGGAGAGACAAGAGGAGCACCAGGGAGGAGGAGGAGGAGGAGCCUCAGGGGCAGGCAGUGACGGGCGGCAGGAGGCCAGUCCAUCACCCAGAAAACAGAAGCAGGGCAAAGCAAACAGCCGGAAAUCCAAGUCGCCUAAUCUGGGUCAAGCCUACGCUGGAGGGGAGCGUCCAUCAUCGGUGUCUUCCGUCCACUCUGAGGGUGACUAUCACCGACCAACCCAAACCCAGUGGAGCUGGGAUGAGCGGCCCUCCUCCACCGGUCCCAUGCAGUUUCCGUACAACCCGCUGACCAUGCGCAUGCUGAGCAACACGCCACCCACUUCCAUAGCCUCGCCCUCCAUUCAGAGCCAGCAGCAGCAGCAGCAGCAGCAGCAGCAGCAGCCGCCUCCAGGUGGGGCUCCUGUGGCCCAGCAGCGGGUGUGGCAGUCCCUCCUGUCGGAACAAUACGAGACGCUGUCUGACAGUGACGACUGAGCCCCACGUCCCACAGCCCCCAGAGGCAGAAGAGAAACCCACACCGAGGCCGGAUUGUUCACGCCCCUGUCCCAGAACUAAAUCACUUACUGGCAACAGUAGUUGGGGUGGUGUCUUUUUUUUUUUGUUUGUAUUUUUAUUUUGUUUUUGGUGCUAUGGCGCCCCCUGGCUGUUGGUUACCAGUACCAUUAGCAGCUCGUGACAGGCCGAGAUCUCCCGAAGAAGACUUCCUCCUGUUUGAGAAGCUCCCGCCAAGCCUGCCGGACACAUGGGCAGACGUCACCUGAGGGGUUGGCUCAAGUCAAGCUGAAGAACUUAAAAUGUUAACGAAAGAAACAACAUAAGAAACUUUUCGCAAUUUUGUGUGAUUUCUGUAAAGAUAUACCCUGUCUUUAAGAAGAUCGUUGUCUGUAAAUAGAGUAACCUUUUUGCAGUGUUUUUCUUAACUUGAUUAUUUCUUAUUUUAAUGUUGCUUUUAAAUCGAUCCACUUUAAACAGAGAGAGCAGGGCUGCAAUGUUUAGUGCCACAGUUGCUCUCCCAGCCCACUUCACCCCCUCUGAUGUCACCCACUCAAAUGUUUGUGCCGCCAUUGCAACGCUAAAGAGAGACCGACCUGUGGCUUGUACUUGACCGUGAGUGGAUAAGGGAGCUUGCGCGAAGCACCACCAAAGCCUGAAUAUUAUGGACAAUUGAGGACAAAACAAAACUCAAAACAUUUCGAGCAGCGUUGACAUCCGAUGCCCAUCUUCGUCACACAGUGGAGAUGAUGCAUGAAUUGUAACUGUCAGGUGGUAGAGAUAACUUCUUACCCCUUUAUAGCAGAGAAAUAUUGUCAAAACAAGUUGAGAACACUGGUGUCAUAGCAGAAAGGUGAAAAGUCUGAUAUAAGCUUACCAGAAAUUAUAUCCUGAUGACUACUCCUGGACCCCUUCUGAACAAUGAAAGUGAGCCAAUACGUUGUUUUUUCUUUUCUUUUCUUUCAACAGAGCUAACUGUACUGUUUCACAUCUCUGCAAUUGCGGUUUCCAACCUACCAGGAAUGAUUAUUGUUUUCAUGGUUUAAAAGAAAAAGUUUGUCAGGAAGUUUUUCUUUAUUUGGGAGUGAUGCUUUUGCCACGCCUUGUGACUUGAGAGAGAAGGCAGCUUUAACUAAUUUUCUCAGAGAUAUAUCUUGGUGUUUGAUGUUUGUAUUUGUUUCUUCAGUCCCUUAUUUUUUUUUAUAUACUUUCCUGACAACAAUCUGAACUGUAAAUUGUCUUUCCAUUAGACAAAAAAAGACAAAACUAACCAAACUUAAAGAAUGGUCUGCACCAUUGUUGCACUUUUUUUUGCUUUGUGGCUUUUUGACAACAGAAAGCAUACUACCUGCUGUGUAACUUAUUCAACAUCCAGCCCAGUACUAUGGUAAGAUGUGCUUAAACUUUUCCCAUCACCCACAGAAAUCUGGAUGUUUUCAUUUCCUGUCAUUUCUUAUAGUUGGUACAUGUGUUACACCUGCAUCACAGUUACAGUUUUAAGUGCAUGGUACCGUCAAAUGUUUAGUAAUUUGCCGUCACGGUGAACCUCGGCCGCUUCAUCUUUGCUCUCAGUGUCAGUCAGCAGAUAUAAAGCUUUGGAUUUGACUUACUAAUGUCAGCUUCAUGAAGAGUAGUACCAUAGCCCUCUGCGUCUUCUUUGUGAAGAUAUGUGAACAGGAUGCAAUAAUUCGGCUUUCACUGCUCUGUUAUCAGAUCCAUUCUGCGGUAAUUUAAUUUUGAUUUUGAAAAAUGUGUUGUAGCACAUUCUCAGAUUUUUUUCCCACCUUUUGUUUGUCCUCCUCUUUAGAGGGGAUGCUAUGUGUUUACAGAGCGUUGACAAAAAAGUUUACAAACUUGAAUCUUAAUAGAAAUCUGACAUGAAGCCGAAAAACUGAAUUCGGGCACACUUUCAGCUCUCUAUCAAACACACAGUGGUGACCUUUUUUUCCUUUUUUUUUUUUUUUAAAUUGAGACUUGAAACCCCAUGUGUCCUAUGAUGUUGAAAUGCAAUGUUUGUAUCGCACAAUGUCUCUUAGUAGGCUAUUAUAAGAGUUCAGACCAAUCAAAUAAAGUGGAUCAGUUCUCCGCCACUGAAAAAUUUGUAGGUUUAUAGGUGUGCCAUCUUUUUUUCACUUUAUUUUUAUUUUCUGACUGCACAAUGUCAUAAUGCUUGUUCACUGAGGUGUACUGCAACUGUUCACUUUCAUUUCUGCUGGUGAAUUUAUGCAAUAUAAAAUGAAAAUCUGUCAGGAUUUGCAAUAUAAUAAAUAGUAUAUAA